AUGCCCAGUCACUCACGGACUCGAGAUCGCAACGACACCCGCGAUCGUGCCGAGCGAGACUAUUACUCUCGCCAUCGACGAUAUACCAAAGACGAUCGAACUCGAGGCGAUGAGGAAAUUGACUAUGAGGAGGAGGAUGAACAGCGAGAAGAAUACAGACGCCGUCGGAAUGAGUUUGCUGCAGCGCGACGUGGCCAUUCACGAGGUUAUGAGACGAUUGAAGUCGAGGAAGAAGAAGACGACGAUGAUGACGAUGAUGAGGAAGAGGUAGUCGAUAAGUCUCGAUCGCGGCACAGAUCAGUUCCGCGACAAGCACCGAAUUACGAUGAUCCGCCUCGUACGCCCCGACGAUCGAAACCUGACAGAGAAGAAAGAUACAGAGAUGAAUAUAGUAGCAGGAGAAGGACACGAGACAAAACGCCCAAGGCAAAAGAGUCGCCCGCAACGUCUCCGAAAAAGAGGCUAGAUCGUGAGGGUUAUAGAAGGAAUAUGAGCCGUACUCGUGAAGGCAGUCCCGUUAGAGAAAGAAGACAGCGGCCUAGAGAUGAUGAUGGUAUCAGGGUGGUCGGUGACAGAGAACGAACGCGCGAUGAAGAUCAGGACCGGGAACUGCGCAGACAACAACGCCGCAAGGAACGUCGGGACCGGGAAAUUGCUGCUCAGAAACAUACGAGUACGGACUCAACGAACAGUGCCUCACAACUACUUAGCGCUGAUGCGCUGGCCAAGUUGAACAAUUAUUAUGAACGCGAGCGAACAAAGCCUAAUAAGCAACGAGAUGCUGACGACAAUAACGAGAGAAGGGAACGGCGCCGACAGAGGACUCGAGAUAUCGCUAUGGAAGAUGAGAACGAUCGAAUUCGCGUUGAAAAGAGGAGAGACCGCCGGCGGCCGCCAUCGCAACAACCGGAGCGAAGAGUAAGUUAUCGUAAAGAGAAGAAGGCAUUCUACGAUGACGAUAACGAUGUCGAGCUUGUGUCUCGUCACAAUCAAGGACGUCGACUCGUUUCUGGUGCUGUAUUGGAAGAAGGACGUAGCAACAAGCUAUUCUUCUGGAAGCGUUUUGGUCGUCGCAAUGAUCCUAUCACCGAAAAGGAUAUUGCUGAUUAUCCCGUGGAUGAUGGUGACGACGGGCAUGGUGGAAGAGGUGGUGGCGCGUUCUACAGUCGAGAUCUUAAAGAUCCCAAUGGCGAUGAUUAUGACCAUCUACCCUUCUGGCGAAGGAAACGCAAUUUAAUCAUAGCCGGAAUUGUCGUACUACUGCUCGCGAUUAUCAUACCGGUUGCGAUUGUCGAAUCGAGAAAGAAAACCAGCGGCACGUCAUCUGGUGGCAGUGGUGGUAGUGGUAGUAGUUCGUCGUAUGGCCCGUACAAUAGCAGUCUCUCUACUAUCUCUGAGGAUAGUAUACCAGCAUCGGCCAAAGGAACAAUUCUAGAUCCAUUCACGUGGUACGAUACACGCGACUUCAACCUCACCUACACCAAUGAAACAGUUGGCGGAUUGUCGUUGAUGGGCCUGAAUUCAACGUGGGACGAUUCUGCUCAGCCAAACAGUAAUGUGCCAGCUCUAAACAAAAACUUCACAUACGGGACAACGCCGAUUCGAGGAGUCAACAUUGGGGGUUGGCUAUCAAUUGAACCGUUCAUCACUCCGUCGUUUUUCUCCAAGUAUUCCACCAUAGAUGGAGUUAUUGACGAGUAUACUUUAACCCAAAAACUUGGAUCAGCCGCUGCCGCUACCAUCGAAGAGCAUUAUGCCACUUUUAUUCAGGAGGAAGACUUUGCUGAGAUAGCAGCUGCUGGGCUUGACCACGUACGAAUCCCAUACUCGUACUGGGCCGUGACUACGUAUGACGACGAUCCAUAUGUCAAGCAGAUUUCAUGGAGGUAUCUGUUGCGAGCUAUCGAAUACUGCCGCAAAUACGGACUACGUGUCAACCUCGACCUACACGGUCUGCCGGGGAGUCAGAAUGGGUACAAUCACAGUGGACGACAGGGCCUGAUCAGAUGGCUGAACGGAACGGAUGGAACACUCAACGCGCAACGAUCUCUCGACAUUCACAAUCAACUUUCUCAAUUCUUCGCGCAGCCUCGAUACCAGAACAUCAUCACCAUUUACGGCCUAGCUAACGAGCCACCUUUAUUGUCUCUCAACGUAUCCACGGUUCUCAAUUGGACCGUCCAGGCCACAGAGAUCGUGCAGAAGAACGGGAUCACGGCCAAGAUAUCGAUGGGCGACGGAUUUCUGAAUCUCGAUAAAUGGGAAUACAUGAUGAAGUCCGAUGUGCCGUCGAACCUGCUGCUGGAUACGCAUCAAUACACCAUUUUCAACGUCAAUGAGAUUGACCUUAAUCACACAGCCAAGAUCAAUCUGAUCUGCAACUCAUGGCUGCCGAUGAUUGAAAAGGUCAAUAGCACGACAAAUGGAUUCGGUCAAACAAUUUGCGGCGAAUUCUCCCAAGCCGACACAGACUGCACCCAAUACCUCAACAACGUCAACACCGGCACGCGUUGGGAAGGCACCUUGAGCGGCAGCUCAACACCAGACUGCUACACCAAGAACUCGGACUGCAGCUGCGCCUCCGCGAACGCAGACGUCAGCAGCUACUCCUCAGACUACAAACUCUGGCUGCAGACGUACGCCGAAGCGCAAUUCGCCGCGUUCGAGACGGCCAUGGGCUGGUUCUAUUGGACGUGGCAGACUGAGUCGGCGCCCCAAUGGAGUUAUAAGCAAGCCAGAGCAGGUGGGUUUUUGCCGCAGUUGGCGUAUAAGCCGAAUUUUACGUGUGGUGAUACUGUACCGAGUUUUGGUAGUUUGCCGGAGUAUUAUUAA